AUGGCUAUGUUUACUGGAGAAGGAGAUGACGAGAUUCAUGAUCGGGUGCCAGGAGAAGUAGAUACCGCUGAUAUUGACAAGCCUUGGACCAUGUUUUUCGAUGGAUCGUCAUAUGAUAUUGUCGGAGGAGCGGGAGUGGUGUUCGAAGCACCACAAGGAGAAUUGCUCUCGUAUUCAUUCAAGUUGGCCUUCCCUUGUAGUAAUAAUGUAGCCGAAUAUGAAGCUUUGAUCCUAGGGCUCAGGAUGGCAAAGGAGAUUGGUUUUGGAGGCGUCGAAAUAAAAGGUGACUCGAGGUUGGUAACUAACCAAGUCAACGGGGAUUUCCACGUCAAGGAGCCACAUUUAGCUCCGUAUCGAGCAGAGGCUCAAAACCUGAUAAGUCAGACAGGGUCGACCCUAGAUCAUACAGGCAGAGGAAAGAAUAAACACGCAGAUGCCCUGGAAACACUAUCUAGCAAGAUCCAGUUGAAUGAUAAGGAGGAAGGUACGGUAACGGUUAAGAGGAAGGAGCUGCCCAGCACCUGGAAAGAAGAUAUGGCCUUCGAGGAGGCGGACUUACAUCGACGAUCUGGAAAAACGGAGGAGGAUCGUGUAAUACAUACCCGAACUCUGAAACAAUUCGUACUGAUCUAA